AUGGCAAGCCCGCGGACAUCCGAGCAGCCCCCGCCGCAUAUUGACCCCACACAGGCGCCGGUGGCUUUCGGUAGCUGGGCGAUCCCGAAGCUGAUGCUGGAGCUGCAGGACGCGGAGCUGUGUACCCGGCAGAGGGCGCUCGCUGCACUCUGCGGCCUCGUCCACGACCAUGAGCGGGCCUAUGAGGCCAUUCUCAGCGGCUGUAUGGAAAGACUUAAAAUUUUGCUGCAAGAUAAAGAUGACUUAGUCAGGGUCAAAACUACUGAAGUGCUUUAUGUGCUUGCUUCACACAGCUUGGGAAGAGAUGCCUUUCUGAAAUUUGACAUUGUGAGUCCCCUCGCAAACCUGAUUAAGGACCCUGAGAAUGCCUGUCGAAAAAACGUGCACCAGGCACUCAACAGGAUCGCUGAAUUUCCCUCAGGAGCAGUGUUUAUGGUGUCUAUGGGGCUGGUGCCCAAACUGUUGCUGAAGGUCUCAGAUGAAGAAGAGAGGAUCCGUGCUUUAAUUCUCUCCACACUGAGCUGCUGUGUGAGUGUGGACGCCCUGCCUGCGCUGGAGAGUGGUGCGGUUCCUGUCCUGAGAGAUCAGCUCGCUCACUCCUCCGCCGCCAUCCGCCGGGCAGCCACAUCUGCGUUAGUGGGAAUCAGUGUGCCUGCAGAUGGGAAGAUGAAGGUGUGUGAGGAGAAUCUUCUGCCCAUAUUAGUCAAGCUGCUGUCGGAUGACGACCAAGGAGUUGUUGCUAAUGCUGCAGGGACCAUUAUGAACACAGCUGUUAUCACUAAGGGUAAAACCGAAUCACUGAACGCAGGUGCCAUCACCCCUCUGCUGCAGCUGGUGGGGAGUGAGAAUACGGCGGUGUGUGCCAAUGCCCUCCGUGCCCUUACAGUCCUGGCAGAGGUUCCUAGGGCCCGGGCACAGCUGCUGGAGCAUGUGCCUCUGCUGAAGAGCAGACUCACACACCCUAAAGCCAUCAUCCACAGAGCUGCAUCCACUGCCAUUGAAGUCAUCUCCUGGAAACCAUGAGAGAAACAAGAGUUCUAGACCCGGUGGUG